UUGUAAUAUCACUAUUUAAAGAAAUACUACUGUUUUUUCUAAUCUAAGAAAUAAAGGCAACAAGAAAUUGGAAUGGUGGGAGAAGAGCAAAGCUGGAUUGUAGAAUUGGUGCCUCCCUAUUUGCCAAGAGCUCCUCUACCUCCUAGCAAGUUGGAUGUUGCAAGUGGGAUUUUGGAUUUCGACAAGCUAUGGAAGCCGCCCCCAAAUCGAGAUUAUGUGCCCUGUGUCGAGCCAAGUUCAAACUACACAACUUCUGGAGGGUCUCAAGGUUACCUUCUUGUUCAUACAAAUGGUGGAUUAAAUCAGAUGCGAGCUGGGAUAUGUGACAUGGUUGCUGUUGCCCGAAUUAUAAAUGCUACUCUUGUAAUUCCAGAACUUGAUAAACGGUCAUUUUGGCAGGACACUAGCAAUUUUUUUGAUGUAUUCGAUCAAGAUCAUUUUAUUAGUUCCUUGGCUAAUGAUGUAAAGGUCAUUAGAAAACUUCCGAAGGAACUGGCAAAUGCAACUAGAGCAGUUAAGCACUUUAGAAACUGGUCCGGUAUUGAUCUGGAACUCGUUAACAUGAAGAAAGCCAUUUCCAUCAGGCAGGGUUGA